AUGAUGCUCAGAACUACCGUUUCGUUGGUAUGUCUUACUGCACUUUCGGUACUGUGCAUUUUCCCGCAGGGAGCAAUCAGCGCCAGUAUUCGCAAUAAGGAUUAUCUAAUCCAACCCUCAGAAUCAGCAGGAAUUUCAUCCGCAACCACGGAAGAGAUUUCUCCUGAAGCAACAUCGGCUGAACCCAAAGAAGUGGAAUCGACCGCAACAAUUGAGGUAGAAGCUGAAACUACAGAGGCAGAAUCCAUCACAACAGUAGCAGAGCACGACCCCACAGAGGCAGAACCCGCCACCACAGAGGCAGAAUCCGCCACUACAGAGGCAGCAUCAGUGACUGCCGAGCUAGAAUCCACUGCCACGGUAGUGGAACAUCUAGAAACCACGGAAGCAGAAUCGGCAACAACGGAGGCAGGACCAGCAGAACCAGAGGUCUUAGGCACCGGCCCUUACCACAAACCAUAA